CUUUGAUUAGGACAUGUAAACACACGCAAACAAACAGUGUAAGUAGUUACUUCUGAGGAUAGUUUACAGGUGAAGGCAUUUAAAUUUUCUCGUGGCUCACGUUUGCAUUCUGAUAUAAACUAUUUAGCACUCUUGGAAACUGCUCAUGUUUUAUGCUUACUAAUUGUCAUUCUGUCUUUUUAGGGGUUGGGAACAAGUUACUAAUUGUCACUAAAUUAAGAGUUGUAAUCCCAUCUUCUACUCAAUUCUGUCAUUUUCUCUGAAACUACCAUUUUCAUGUGCGUGUGUGUGUGGCAGGCUCUUCACCAUGACCUGAGAAGACGCUCUCUACACCUUGAAAUGCCGGGAGUCACAAGCAAACAUCAGACGAAUCUACAGCAAAAUUAUUCUCUAACGUAUCUAGCAUUGGUUCUUUGUGAAGUUCCUGAGUCCUAUGAAGCACAUAAGAAGCAGAAAAACCGUUGGCAUUCAGGACCUAUGCAGCUUUUUUGCUUGUGCCUUGGUGCAAUCUUAACCUCUAAGAUAGCUAUAUGGAAGAAACCGAAUCUGAUACUACUCUUCUUCCUUCUUAGAAAACCAUUCUUCCUUUCUACUCCUUCACAUUGUUCUGCAUUAUCCUUCUACUCACAAUGUUUGUACCAGAAGCUGAGCUUCCCGUUUGGGAUCAUCUGCUACAUACCGGUUUUCAUGUCUUUCCUCAUCCUCUUCCCAUCUCCAAAGUCUUUCCCUUUCAUCGUCCCUUACCUUUUGUAA